UGCAAAAACACGAAAAUGUAUUUUUAAUUGUUAUAAAAUUUGCGCGCUGUCAACAGUUUCAAGUGUCAAAACUGUCAAACAAUUGACACCACCACCACCGUACCGGCGCGCAAAUUUUGUUUACCAUUACGUAGAUUUCCCAUCGUCCAAAUGCUAAUUACAUAGCAAUUAUGGGCAGAUUAGGAUAAUGAUAAGAAUAUGCUUAGAAGCAGCCACUUGUGUUCAUAUUUUCACCAACUGCGUACCAUAACCUCAUUCAAUAUGCCUCCCAUCAAAACAUUCGUUUUUUUGGACUUAGAAACCACAGGCUUGCCUCAUAUGGAGCACAAUUUAACGAAAAUCACAGAAUUUUGCGCUGUGGCAGUUCAAGCCGAUCAUAUUGAACUAGGUUGCUUUCCAAGAGUGCACAACAAGCUCUCGUUUUGUUUCAAUCCAAACAAAAUGAUUACCCCCGAGAGCACGGAUAUUACUGGUCUUUCGAAUGAUUUGUUGGAGCAUCAAGGAUGUUUUUCUAGUGAUGUAGUCGAUAUUUUGAAUAAAUGGUUAAACAUGAAUCAAAAACCCAUUUGUUUGGUGGCUCAUAACGGUAACCGAUUUGACUAUCCAAUUCUGAGAGCGGAAAUAGAGAAAACUGGAAAUGGCUUAUGUGAAAAUAUCAUGUGUGUUGACUCAAUUGAAGCGUUUAAAAAUAUUGACAGUAAUAAAAAGGUGGUUGAGGAAAAACCUAAACAAGUGCCUAUGGAAUUUAGUGAUAAUUUUGAUGAGCUUCUGUGCCAAGCUAGUGAAGAUUUUGAACGUGAAUUGGAACAAAGUAGACUGACACCUGUUGAUGUACAAAAAUUUAAUGAAACCACACCAAAGAAGCAAAUAAUUUCUGAUCACACACAAGCACAGAAUAAUAGAAGUGAUCCGCUAGUCCCUUUGAAACGUAAAUAUACUAGUGUGAGACAAUUUGUUAGUUAUAAACUUGGAGAUGUUUAUACAAGACUAACAUCGAAGCAACCUUUGCAUGUCCAUGAAGCUGAAGGCGAUGUUAUGAUGUUGAUUACCUGUGCAGCAACAUAUGGUGAAAAAUUUGUUGCUUAUGCUAAUGAGAAUUCAGUUGAAUUCUCAGACAUACCCCCCAUGAAACCAGGGAAGAGGAUUGGAACGAAAUAAUAAUUUAACGUUAUUUUUGCUUUGAAGUGUUACCUAUGGCUGUUGACUAGUACUGAAGAAUCAACAUCUAGUGAUAAAAUUCGAAUUUUUUUAAUCUAAUUUUUUAUAUGAAAACGUCAGUAAUUAAUGUUUGGUGUAAUUAUUUAUGGUAUUUAUUAAUUUAUUAUAAAAAUGAGGAAGAUUUUAUGUCAUUCGAGGUUAUAAAGUUGCAGUAGCACUUAUUUGAUGUGAAUUUUAUUUUAGAAAUAUUUAAUGUAUGAAGAGAAAACUUAUAGUGCAAAUAAACUUGAUUUUAUUUUAA